AUGGAGCAGCUCAUGUUGAUGCAAACUCAAUUGAUGCAAACUAUGAUGGAUCGCCUGGAGCACCAGCCCGCCGUCGUACCACCACCGAUCCAGGUUCGAGAUAAGAGGGGAGAGUUCAUGAAGGGACGUCCCCCUAUUUUUACACAUGCUAGUGACCCUUUAGAAGCUGAUGAUUGGUUAAGAGCUGUGGAGAAGCAGCUGAACAUUGCUCAAUGCAAUGACAUGGAAAAGGUGUUGUAUGCCUCUGGACAACUGCAAGGGGCUGCACAGGAGUGGUGUGAGUCCUACCAAUAUGGACGCCUAGACAACGCACCGCCUGUCACUUGGAGGAAAUUCACCGAGAGUUUCCGGUCUUACCACAUUCCAGAGGGGCUCAUCGAGCUCAAACAAGAGGAGUUCCGUGCUCUCAAGCAAGGCUCCAUGACUGUCGCUGAGUACCGUGACAAGUUCGCUCAAUUGUCAUGUUACGCUCCGGGUGAAGUAGCCAAGGAUUCUGACAAGCAACGUCGUUUCCUGAAAGGACUGUAUGAUGGCCUGCAACUGCAGUUGAUGUCCAAUGUUUACCCCAGCUUCCAGGAACUUGUGAACCGCGCUAUUGUGAUUGACAAUAAGCGCAAAGAGAUGGAUGCUAAGAAGAGGAAGAUUCAGGGGCAAGCAUCUAGCAGCAACACUCGUCCGCGCGUGUUUCCUCAGCAGGGCUUUCCUCCCAGGAACCAGAGGCCCCCUAGUCAGUGGAAUCAGGGCCAGUACCCUCCGCGCAACCAAAACCAGAACCAGCAGCGUCCCCAGUACCAGCAGCAGUUUGGUAAUCAACGCCCUCAGUAG